AUGGGCAACCAACAGAGCACUCCAUCCGAGCAGGCAACGAGUAUACGGUCAAAGAGCUCUAAGCGGACGCGGAUAAGCGUCGAGGAGCCUCCGAACCGUGCUUCGCGCGCAGUCUCGUUUUACCAGACCCCGCCCGGCUCUUUCGAUACUCCCAGAAUGUCGACUACUUCACCCAUAAAUGAGAGUCCGGCGACAUCAGAAUCUGGCACACCUUUUCGGCCACUCUCUACCGCCUCUGAGCAGUCAUCGCAGACUACUCCGUACCCAGGGCCAAAGUCUGCAGACCCAGGCGCUCCAAUCGAGGAGCCGAAACUCGUGGUGAAGGAGAAGCACUCUUGGAAGCCAGGAGUCUACUCUCUCAUGAAUGCGAAGAGCGGAACAUCUGUCGAUCUCUCUGGUGGAGACAGGAAGAGUAUUAUUGGCUUCCCUCCGCAUAGCGGGAAAAACCAGCAGUGGGAAUUUUUGCCCUCUGGUGAAGGAUGCACUAUCAGAAGCGUCUUUUCCGGAUUAUACCUGACAGUUGAAGACACUGUUGGUGAUGGCGCUACGCUGAUCGCCAGCCCAUAUCCUGUCAGUUGGAAGGUCGAGGACGUAUCGGACGAAGACGUGGCGAGUAUACGCAUCCUAUGGCCUACCGACAAGUACGCCUUCGACUUAGCGGACUUUGGUAGCGUUACGCCGGGAACAAAGGUGCAACUGGCUUCGUCCCGCUCUGAUGAGCGCUCUCAACGCUGGAACCUCAUAGAGCGCGAAACGUCUCCGGUCGACUUAUCGUUCAAACGCUCGCCUCAUCUUGAGAGCGCAGCAUCCAACCCGCCUGUGGAGACCGUGUUCGUCACGGAGGACAAGGAUCACACCACUACGACGCGCACGACCACCACGAGCACGAUUACGACUGUGACCACUGUUACCAAGACACCGAAGAGCCAAGCUUGA